ACCCUGGUGGCCCUGGUGGCCCUGGUGGCCCCGGUGGCCCUGGCGGGCUCGGGGACACCAGAACCGGCCGGGGUGGCCCGGCUGAUGACAGAUUUCGGGCUGCGGCUGUUCCGGGCGGCGCUGGCGGCCCGAGGUGACACCAACGUCGUGUUCGCGCCCUACGGGGCCACCUCGGUGCUGGUGGCCCUGCAGGUGGCCACGGCCGGGACGGGCCGGCAGCAGCUGGAGGCGGCCACCGGCUUCAGCAUCGACGGCCCGGGGGUCUCGGCCGAGCUGCGGGGGCUGCGCCGGGCGCUGCGGGGUCCGGGCCACACCCUGGAGGUGGCGCAGGGACUCUUUGUGGCCCGCGGGGUGGCCCUGAGGGGUGGCUUCGUCACCCGGCUGGCGCGGGCCCUGGGACCCCGCAGCCUCGCCCGCCUGGACCUCGGGAACGGGGAGGGGGCCAGGAGGGUCCUCAACGCCUGGGCCCGGGAGAGGACCCGAGGGCUGGUGGCCUCGCUGGUGGCCCCGGGGGCGGUGGCUCCGGGCGCUCGGCUCCUGGUGGCCAGCGCCGAUUUCUUCGGGGGGGCCUGGGGGGUCCCGUUCCCGCCCCGCGCCACCCGCGCCCGGCCCUUCCGGCGCCCCGAUGGCACCGAGGGGACUGUCCCCAUGAUGGCGGCCACGCUGCGGCUGCGCUGCGGUGACUUCGAGACGCCCGCGGGGGUCCCGUUCACGGUGGCCGAGGUCCCCUACGCGGGGGGGGAGGUGGCCCUGCUGCUGGUGGCACCUGUGGAGCGCCACGUCCCCGCUGCCACCCUGGCGCGGCUGCUGGACGCCGCCACUGUCACCGGCUGGGUGACAAAGCUGCACCCCGCGCCCCGCGUGCUGGUGCUGCCGCGCUUCUCCCUGGAGACCUCCUGGGACCUCCGGGGUCCCCUCAAGGCCUUGGGGGUCCUCGACCUCUUCGACCCCGACAGCGCCGACUUCUCCCCCCUGACGGGUGAGGAGCGCCUGGUGCUGGGUCAGGUCCUGCAGAAGGCGCGGAUGGAGGUGACCGAGAGCGGCACCGAGGCGGCCUCGGCCUCAGCUGCCGUGGUUUAUUCCCGCAUGGCCCCCCCCGAAAUCGUCUUGGAUCGACCCUUCCUCUUCCUCAUCCGCCACCGCCCCACAGGCACCGUUCUCUUCGUGGGGCAGGUGACGGAGCCCUGA